GUGCCGGCCUCGUCGCAUCUUCGUCUCAUUGCCAUUAGAUUCGUUUCGCGUUUUUAUCAAUCACUCGAACGUACCUCGCCCGUGGGUAUGACUCAAACUAGCAGCAAGUUGUUGCGGGGAUUGCUGCUGAUAAGCAUUAUUUGCGUCGGACAUAAUGGGAAAUCCUUUGCUAAACGGCAAGGCAAUGUGUUGAAAAGUCGCUUUGAGCAAGAUGAACCUCAACCAACUCGAGAUGAUGAUUUUGACUGGAAGUUGAUUAAGAACUGCUUCCAAAAUGAACAAUCGAAUGCGGCAGUUUCAACUUUUUUGGUCAAAUAUCUGCUAAACAUGAUCUACGAAGGUGCUAGCAUUAUUUCGCAAACACAACAGGAACUUAGCGAGCCACUGGGGCGAGUUCCGGGGGCAACCGACACUCCAAAUUGUGUUAACCUAAUGGCCGCUCUGCAAGCCGGUAGCAAACGGCUUCACGUUUCCAGCCGCAUGUUUGCCGACCAACUUAUAAGUGUAUCGCAAAAGUAUGCCAGCACCAUUAGUAUGUACUAUAAUGCGAGCGUCGAGCACAUAAACUUUGGUCAGCCGGAAAAGGCAGUACAGCAAAUCAAUGACUGGAUAUCGGCAGGCACGCAAGGGCAAAUCAGAGAAUUGGUUUCAUUACAGCAAAUCCGUGGUUCGAUAUUGCUAUUAGCUAGUACCAUCUACUUUAAAGGGCUUUGGAGAAAUGUGUUUCCUGAAGCAGCCACCGUCAGUCAACCAUUUCGUACUGGCGACGGACGAACGAUAAAUGUCCCAUCCAUGAAACAGAUAACCUAUCUGUACUAUUGUCAAUCACAACUGCUAAAUGCGCAGUUCUUGCGGCUCCCCUAUGAAGAAGGCCGUUUUUCCAUGAUCUUGAUGCUUCCGAAUGAGAACAUUGAUUUAAACCAAUUUGUGAGAACACUAUCAGCAGAGGCAAUUCAUCAAGCCAUUGGAAGUAUGGACGAAGUUGAAGUGAAACUGCAACUUCCACGAUUCACUAUCAACUAUGGGAGUUCGCUGAAAGAUACCCUUAAACAGCUCGGAAUCAGACGAAUUUUUGAGGAUAAUGCUGAAUUAGGUGGCAUUUCUCGAGGAGGGGGACUUCCGGUCAAAGUGUCUGACGUAUUUCAAAAAACGGUCAUCGUAGUGGAUGAGAAAGGCAGUACCGCCAGUUCGGCGGCAGGUUCCUCGCUGGUGUACACCAGUCUAACAUACCCGGAAAAUUUUAUCGUUGAUCGACCAUUUGCGUUCUUUAUCGAAGAGGAAUCGACUGGGACGCUGCUUUUCGCUGGAAAAGUUGAAGAUCCAAUGCAUUGAGCAGUUGCAGACGGGGUGUGAUAGUUAUUGCAUCAUUUUCGAUUGCUUUCGCUUUUAUCAGAUUCGAAUAAACACGUACCUAAUUAUAUUUA